AUGAGAGUGCUGCCAACACCGCUGUCACCUGCCGCGCUUGACGAUCUCCCGUCCCUGAGAACGCACGACGACUACACUGCCGGCAGCCUUGCAUACGACUUGAUCAGGUUCACACCAACGCCGACUGUCAUUCUAGAUGCAUCGCUCUUCGUGCGCCAUGUCUCAGAUUCUUAUGUGACCGUUUCAGAAACAAACGAUCGCGUCAAGCUUGUCGGCAGACAUGCGGACGACAUUUUGGACCUCAACUCUACCAUUCCAGCAUUCGCUCCAGCUCGUGAACUUGUGAGGACCGCAUGUCGAACUGGCAAGCUCCAGCAGACAACGGUUGUGACAAACACGGGUAGUGCCUGGAACUUACGAGCGGUCCCAAUUUUGCGUCAAGGAACACUACGUUGCAUUCAAAUGGAGUUUCUCGACAUCACGGAGGAGCACAAGCGGCAGCUUGAGCUCAGAGAACGCUCCUAUCACAAUGAGACAUUUCAGUUGUUGGUAGCCACUAUCAAGGACUACGCCAUUUUCAUGCUAGACCCGACUGGCCAUGUGGCAACAUGGAAUGCAGGAGCCCAGGGCUUCAAGGGAUAUACACCUUCCGAAAUCAUUGGCAGACACUUCUCAACCUUCUAUUCCCAGGAAGACCGCGACAACGAUAAACCAUCAAGAGAACUACGAGAUGCCCUCCGCGACGGACGAUGUGAAGAUGAAGGCUGGCGUCUUCGCAAGGAUGGCUCAAAGUUUUGGGCAAACGUGGUCAUCACCCCAGUAUACAAGGACAACGUUUUGCUCGGGUUCUCCAAGGUCACAAGGGACCUGACGGAGAGAAGAAAAGCAGAGAACAGUCUUAUUGCCGCCUAUGAAGAAGCAUCAAAGCUCAAAUCUGAAUUCUUGGCCAACAUGAGUCAUGAAAUCCGCACACCCAUGCACGGUAUGCUGUCUGCAUUGACGUUGCUUCUUGAUACAAAGCUGGACAACAAUCAACUAGAGCUCACACGGAUCAUCCAAGAGUCGGGUGACGUGCUUUUACAAUUGAUCGACGACUUUUUGGAUUUCAGCAAGCUCGCUUCGGGUAGCUUCUCCAUCAGCAACGACAUUAUAAGCGUGAAAGAUGUUAUUCAAUCCGUGUUUCGAGCACAUCAGACCUGUCACAGCCCUGACGUCGAAUUGGAGAUCGAAUUGGACGACAACCUACCAAGCUCCGCCGAAGGAGACUCUUUGCGUUAUCGACAAAUAAUCCAGAACCUUUUGUCGAAUGCAACCAAAUUUACCGAGAAAGGCUACGUACGCAUUGUAGCUCGCUUGCAAAACGAAGACGAGGACUAUGCCACUAUCCUGACCGAAGUGAUAGACUCUGGUAUUGGUGUACCAGCAAGCGGUUCACAAUCUUUAUUCACCCCGUUCACGCAAAUUGACAACUCCGCCACUAAGAGAUACAAAGGCACAGGACUAGGUCUGAGUAUCUGCAAAUCUUUGGCAGAACUCAUGGGCGGGAACAUUGGCUUUCAUCCUAAUCCCGAAGGUCCUGGCAGUGUGUUCUGGUUCACUGCCAAGCUUAAGAAAUGUAAACAGCUAAAGGCUCUCGAAGUUCUCCAAGAAGGUAUGGCCGGAUUAAAGAUCCCAUCACCCGCAGUGGUCGACCCCAUGGAAACACUGAGGACGGUGGCUGCCGACAAACGUCUUUUACUUGCGGAAGACAAUGUUAUCAAUCGGAAGGUCAUGACACGGAUGCUCGCAGGUCUGGGGUUUGAGAAUGUAGAUACGGCACCGGAUGGUAAAGAAGCAGUCACUAAAGCUAUAGAAGGACCAGGAUACGACCUGAUUUUGAUGGACGUCAACAUGCCUAUCCAAGAUGGUCUCAGCGCUACCAAAGACAUUCGAGCGAAAGGGCUACAAGUGCCAAUCAUAGCUAUGACAGCAAAUGCGCUCAAGGGACAGGCUGAAUCAUACAUUGCUAAAGGCAUGACGGGAUACAUUGCCAAACCAGUCGAUAGGAAUCUUUUGGUAAAGCUAUUGCUCGGAUGUUUGUAA